GACGAGUCAAGCGGAAAUGCGACAACCCACGAAGAAGAAGUGAAAGCAAAAACACGUCCGCACAGUCGUAGUUUCAUUCAGAAAUUAGGAUACGUUUCUUCACAAAAUGACUAAAGUAAAAGAUAGAAGACGAGAGAAAAUCAGCGUCGCUACAGAGAUUGACCGUCUGGAGCAGCGGAGGGCUCGUUGCCAGGACAACCUGGACCGGGCGGACUUCAGGAGCAGGAAGGAGGCGCUGAACGACAGAGAGAGGCAGGAACUGGAGGAUGAGGUGACCAUCAUGAACGAAAGGGUGCAAAAAUUAGACAAAGAGCUGGAGACCCUAAGAGGAGAGAAUCGGAAGAACAUGCUGCUCUCAGUGGCUCUGCUCGCAAUUAGUGCGCUCUUCUACUACAUGUUUUUCUACAAUGAGGAGGACGCGUGAUUAAAACAAACUCAGAACCAUGAUGGUUUGUAAUAACUAUGGGUCCAGAACUGUGAACUCAAGGACUGUUGAUGGGAUGAAGUUUAAUAUGCAACAAAGACAUCUAACAAUAUAGAACAAUUUAUAUACAGUAGGAGGAAUACAUGGUGUGAGUCAGACUGUUUGUACAGUAUGUGUUCUGGAACCUUGCAAAUUGUAUUAUAAUUAUACAGCACAAAUAUACUAUGAAGAACACAUUGCACAA